AUGAGUCAGAACCUCGACGGUUCCACUUCCGGCGACGAACACGACGCGCCGGGUCCGACCCCAGUCACGGCUAUCCCGAUAGCCCCCGCUUUUGUUGAUACCAUUAUGGAACGUUUUGCCCGGCAAGACGCCGCCCAGAAAGCAGCUACCGAGCAAAUCGCCGCAAUCGCCGCACUACUCGCUCCUCUCGCCGGCGCUCCAGACGCAGCCACCGAUACCAUUCGCAGACAACUGUUCGCUAGCGACACAACCGCCGGCCCGGCGAACCAAGGCGCUCCUCCCAGUACUCUCAACCCAGAUGCUGCCCCGUUCACUCCUGCAAACCCAGAUCUGCAAAUGGUUCGCGAAGUCGCGGCACUCAAACAGUCGCUUCUGGACAUCAACUCCAAGAUCCACUGCGUUACCACCUCUGCACCACAGAUAGAGCGCGUUCUGGCGAACACCCUCCGAACACCGUUUUCUCCAGCGAUAACCAGCGUCAGACUACGACACAUCGAGAAGCUCCGGCUGCCGAUGUACGAAGGCCUUACCGACCCGACGACCCACAUCACGUCUUUCAACAUUGCAGUACGCCGUGCAAACUUCUCCGACGAAGAACGCGACGCCGGCUACUGUAAACUCUUCGUCGAAAGCUUGAAAGGAUCAGCUCUUACAUGGUUCACGGGCCUCGCUGAGAACUCUAUUAAAGACUUCCACGACCUGUCGUCCGCCUUCCUCAAGAAUUACAUCAUGUUCACUCAGGAAGACGCGACAGUAUCUGAUCUUUUCAACCUUGCUCAAGGGAAAGAUCAAAGCUUGCGCAGCUUCAUGGAGAAGUUCAAGGCCAUAGUCUCGAAGGUCGUAUUACCCGACAGCGUCGCGGUUGCAGCACUUAAGAACACGUUGUAUGUCCACUCAGUCUUCCGUGAUGACCUCUACAGGAAUCCUACGACGUCUCUUUCCGACGCCAUCGGACGUUCCCACAACUUUAUCCGCAUGGAAGAGGACACAAAGGCCCUCAUCGCUAAGCUCAACGCGUCUAAAGCUGCAACAGCCGACAAAGCCGGAGUAAAGAACGCGGAUAGUCGACAUGAACCGCGACAGCACUCGUCGGGCGACAAAGCAGCCCAAAAGAAGAAUUUCGUCUAUGCAGUCGACGAAGAGAGUUCUCCAGCGUCAACGACUGUCGUGCGGGAGAAAGGCUGGAACGUUUAUAAUCGCGAAACCGACAGCAAACCCCCGGAUUCCUCUGCAGCAGUAAGUUCUCGGCCCCCCGGAGCCGAGAAAUGGUGCGACUACCACAACGCCAAAUCGCAUAACACCAGAGAAUGUAAGACGCUUUUCGAGCAGUUCCUCUCCUCUGUCGAGAGCGGCAAACUCGAAAUCGAACCUCCGAAACCCAGAGCCCGGGGACCCGCGAGCUGGAGCAAAAACAAGGAUAGGAAAACCAACAAGUCGCAAGGCAAAGCUCCCCAACAAGAGGGGCGGACGACACCCGACGAAGCAACUCCAGCGUCACCAGAAAAGGGGACCUCAUCGAGCGACGACGAAUCGCCGAGGAAUCGGCGGCGCGUCGAAACUGUUUUCGCAAGGUCUACCAAGGACCCCAACGAUCGCGAACUCCCGAGAGCGAGAAGACGCAUUAACGUUGUCCUGACGCAGCUAGAACCUUUAGUCGACGAACCUGAACAACUUUCUCCUCCCGACCUGCGCGACCAGCUAAGCCGCCCGCCACCUAGCGAUCUACGGAACCUCCUCAAGCGAAAGGAAAAACCAGCAGCAGACGCAGUCAGUCAGGCCCCCGAUCUCCGCGAAAAGAUCAACUCUUCUAAGACUCGCCGAUUGAAUAACCCGAGUCCCAUGAAACCCCGUCCCGUGGAUCUGCGAGAAAAGCUCAAUUCCAGGAAACCGGAUUUGCGAAGUCAGCUCGAUCGUCCUUUAUACUCUGACCUUCGACAAAAGCUUGAAGCCUCUAGAACCCAGCAUCCCAAUCAGGAACAAAGCACCGUUAUCAACGUUAUUAUGGGUGGCUCUCCGCCCUGCGGUGAUUCUGUCAGGUCCAUUAAAGAUUACCGUCGUCGGGCAACAUCCUCGCGCAAGUGGCCGACGAAACCCGAGAACGAUCAUCAAAUCACCUUCUCGCCUGACGACGCCCUUGGCAUCCACAUGCCACACAACGACCCUCUCCUUGUUGAACUCGGAAUCGGCGACUGCCAAGUCACCAAAAUCCUGAUCGACACUGGCAGUUCCGUCGAUCUGAUCUUUCGAGAUACACUCGACAAGAUGGGCGUCGACACGGGAAGUAUGAAACCGUCGUCCCGCUCUCUUACAGGUUUCAAUGGCUCGUCCGAAGUCUUGAUCGGAACCAUCCGCCUUCCCGUAUACGCGUGUGGCAUGACACGGACCGUUAAGUUCUCGGUCGUCGAUUCGAAAGCCCCUUACAACGCGAUCCUGGGCACCCCUUGGCUACAUUCGAUGCAGGCAAUCCCGUCGACUUACCACCAAUGCAUUAAGUUUCCAGGGAUAGACGGCAAGAUCCGAACGCUACGGGGCGACCAGCAAGCCGCCAGAGACCUGUUAAUCGCAACCAUAAAGCUCCAGCGAGAAACAUCGCAUGUCAACACCAUCUCAAACCCCUCGCAGAAGGCACUUCCCCAACAAGAGGAGGUCCUCGACGUACCUCUCGACGAUGCUGAUCCUAGCAAGGUGAUCCGCAUUGGAGCUUUCUUGUCGGACGAAAUGCAGCAGCAACUCUCCGAGUUCCUCCGUCAGAACGUCUCCACCUUCGCCUGGACUACAUCCGACAUGAAAGGGAUCGACCCAGCGAUUACCUCGCAUGAGCUAAACGUCGAUCCCACCUUCAAGCCUAUCCGCCAGAAGCGCAGAAAGCUUGGGCCGGAGCGAUCAAAGGCAGUAAACGACGAGGUGGACCGUCUACUCACCGCUGACUCUAUCAUGGAAGUCAAAUACCCUGACUGGCUCGCUAACCCUGUCGUCGUAAAAAAGAAGAACGGAAAAUGGCGAGUCUGCGUCGAUUUCACGGAUCUGAACAAAGCUUGCCCAAAGGACAGUUUCCCUCUCCCACACAUUGACCGUUUAGUCGAGUCAACCGCUGGAAACGCCCUAUUGACGUUUAUGGACGCAUUCUCUGGAUACAACCAAAUAAUGAUGCACCCUGACGACCGCGAGAAGACGGCGUUCAUAACAGACAGAGGAACCUACUGCUACAAGGUAAUGCCAUUCGGCCUUAAAAAUGCGGGAGCCACCUAUCAACGCCUUGUCAACCGCAUGUUCGCCGACAAACUGGGCUCCACGAUGGAAGUCUACAUUGACGAUAUGCUGGUGAAGUCGCUCCGCGCUGAAGAUCAUCUCACGCACCUACGGGAUUGCUUCGCAACGCUCAACGAGUACGGGAUGAAACUUAACCCAGCUAAGUGCACGUUCGGCGUCACGUCCGGCGAAUUCCUCGGGUACAUCGUCACUCAGAGAGGUAUCGAAGCCAAUCCCAAACAGAUAUCGGCGAUCCUUGACCUCCCCAGCCCCAAGAACAGCCGCGAAGUGCAACGCCUCACUGGCCGAAUAGCAGCGCUUAACAGGUUCAUUUCACGAUCUACCGACAAGUGUCUCCCAUUCUUCGAACUGUUGCGAGGAAAUAAACGCUUUAUUUGGGACGACAAAUGCGAGGAAGCCUUUGGCCAGCUUAAGCAAUACCUGACUACCCCUCCAGUCCUCUCGAAACCAGAAGCAGGUGACAUUCUCACCCUCUAUAUUGCAGUCACGUCUAUCGCCAUCAGCAGCGUACUCAUCCGCGAAGAUCGGGGGAGCAAAAACCUAUUUUCUAUACGAGCAAGCGUAUGA